GCCCACAAUGUCAUGCACUGAUUACUUUAGUUUUCACUCUGUCCUGCUGCGGUGUCAAACACAACUCUUCACUAACACUCCUCAUUAUGCUCUAUGACUCUAAUGCAGUCAUGUCCUCUUACAGUUCAAAAUACUCAAUUAUCAAAUCAGGUUUUCAUUAGUAGGAACAUGCUCGCAGAUAUCUGUAUGAACAUUCCCUUUCUUUUCGUUGCACAGGUCCGAUGGCGUGAUGAGAACCAUGAACACAGAGAAACUCCUCAAGACCAUCCCAAUAAUCCAGAACCAGAUGGAUGUGUUACUCGAUUUCAACGUCAAUGCCAAUGAACUGACAAAUGGUGUUAUCAACGCAGCCUUCAUGCUUCUGUUCAAAGAUGCCAUCCGUCUGUUUGCAGCGUACAAUGAAGGCAUCAUCAACCUCCUGGAGAAAUACUUUGACAUGAAGAAAGUCCAGUGCAAAGAAGCACUUGACAUCUACAAAAAAUUCCUCACAAGAAUGACUAGAAUCUCCGAGUUCCUCAAAGUAGCAGAGCAAGUCGGGAUUGAUCGAGGGGACAUACCAGAUCUGUCUCAGUUUACAGUUGCCCCCAGCAGCCUGCUUGAUACUCUGGAGCAGCACUUGGCCUCUCUAGAGGGAAAGAAAGUGAAGGACUCGACAGCAGCCAGCAGGGCUAGCACACUCUCCAAUGCCGUCUCCUCCCUGGCCAAUACCGGCAUAUCUUUCACCAGAGCGGACGAAAGGGAGAAGCAGGCCGCCCUGGACGAAGAGCAGAGUCGCCUUCAAGCACUCAAAGAGCAGCGUCUGAAGGAGCUUCACAAAAACCCUGCGGCAGCAACCACAGACUCCUCCACCGUCUUUGAGGAAGGCGGGACCAUCAACUCAGCCCCUACAAUCGACCUCUUUACCACCCCCAGCUCCAAAAACAGGCAAGGACCUAUCAUCUCAUCUUAGACCAGACAAUCUCAUGCAAAUGUUUCAGAACUGCAGAUAAAAGCUGAAAGGUGAUCUAAGAAAUGUGUUUAUUUAAGAGCAUUAGUCAAGAUUUGGACAUUUUACAAAAUGUUGGUAGAUUGAUGUUGCCAAUUUAAUUUAGGAUAACUUUAAUUCAAGUAAAUGGCUCAUGUUUCAAAAUGGUUUCACAAGAUUAGAUUCAACUUUGAUCACUUCAUAGAUAUUGGGGUGGCCUAGCAGAACUACCCCUAAAGGCCCGGACACACCAAGCCGAUUUCGGCUGUCGAUAGAUGUCUGGCUGUCGAUGAGCGU